AUGGCUUCCUCCCUCGUCGCACACCAAUCGCUCGCCACUCUUUCGUUCAACACAGCAGUGAAGGGCGCUUCUCUCUCCGCAAAUCGCCUUACAGUACUUCCCGCCGUCGCUCCCCGCGGACUAGGCGUCACCGCCCUCCUAGGCUUCAACAAAGCUGCUGGCCCCGCUAAGACCGCCCCUACUAAGAAACAGCUGCGUACCGAGGACGGCAUCUUCGGCACAUCCGGCGGCUUCGGCUUCACGAAAGCCAACGAGCUCUUCGUGGGCCGCGUGGCGAUGCUCGGAUUCGCGGCGUCGCUGCUGGGCGAAGCGGUGACCGGGCAGGGAAUCCUUUCGCAACUGAACCUGGAGACGGGCAUCCCCAUCACGGAAGCCGAGCCGCUGCUGCUCUUCUUCAUCGCAUUCACCGUGCUCGGCGCCAUCGGCGGGCUGGGCGACCGCGGGCGAUUCGUGGACGACGACGCGCCGGCGGGUCCGCCGGUGAAGCCGGGGAGCUUCAAGGCGGCGCUGGGGUUGAGCGAGGAGGGGCCGCUGUUCGGGUUUACCAAGGCGAACGAGCUGUUCGUGGGGCGCAUGGCGCAAUUGGGAUUUGCGGCGAGCCUCGUGGGCGAGGUGAUCAGCGGGCGAGGCGCGCUGGCGCAGCUGAAUAUCGAGACUGGCUUGCCCGUGUGGGAGCUGGAGCCGCUGCUGCUCGCCAGUAUCGCCUUCUUCUUCGUCGCCGCUAUCAACCCCGGUACAGGGAAGUUCAUUAACGACGACGAGUAG